AUGAAGGUCGAGCUGGGCGACAAGAACACGUUCCGCUCCAAGGAGGUCUGGCGGUCCGCGGGGGCGGAGUUCGUCGCCACGCUGCUGUUCGUCUUCAUUGGCUGCGGGUCCGUAGUUGCAACAGGCAUGCUUGCCCCGGGCCUCGACAGUGCCCGCCUGGUCGCCAUCGCCGUCGCACACGGGCUCGCGAUCGCGCUCCUCGCCGGAGCCACGGGAGCGAUAUCCGGCGGUCACAUUAACCCGGCCGUAACCGUGGCGUUUGUGGUCGCCGGAAAGGAGAACCUGAUCCGCGCUUCGGUGUACAUAGGCGCUCAGCUACUGGGGGGGAUCUUCGGGGCGGCGCUUCUAGAUAUGUGCACACCAGGCCACUUCGUGGGCGGCCUCGGCUCGCACUCCCUGGGCCACGGUGUAAAUGCGGGGCAGGGCCUGGUGAUGGAGGUCAUGCUGACGUUCAUCCUGGUGUUCACUAUCUUCGGAGUCGCCGUCGAUCGGCGCGGGCCCGGAGUUAUCGCGCCGCUGCCCAUCGGCUUUGCGGUGCUGGUGGACCACCUCGUGGGCGUCCCUUAUACAGGCACGUGUGCUUCCAUGAACCCCGCGCGGAGCUUCGGCCCCGCUCUCGUCUCCGGCAGCUUCACGAGCGCGCACUGGAUCUACUGGUUUGGGCCUUGCAUCGGCGCAGCCCUGGCGGCCUUCGUAUAUAAGCACAUCUUCCUUCAGGCGCCCAUCGUGCCCAUGGUUCAGGACCAAAAGCCCGAGAAGAAGGUGGUCCUUUCUGCAUAA